AUGCAUCGUUCAAUUAUUUUGUUGUUCCUUUGUUCUUUAGUUCUUGUUGAGUUUUCUAACAGUUAUUUGAUGAAAGCAAGGACCUUUGACAGAGUGUCUAGAAGGGAUAUUCCAGGAUCACCAUCCCAAGACGCUCCGGAAGAAUUAGCGAGCGCUAGUUGCGCAAAAGUGGGCGAAUUUUGUAUCAAUCAUAAUGAUUGCUGCUCCAAUGGCUGCUUAGGAUUUAAGAGGAGAUGCGUGUCAUCA